GUUUGGUUUAUUGUGCACACACGCCCGUUCAGUAGCGCCACGAGUACAAUAAUGGCGACACUGUCAGCUGCACUGCUCAACGGUGUCGAAAAAAACAUACCAAAAUCAAAACGAAAACUCCAAAAACAUUUACGAAGUGCCGGUCUGGCGUACAUAUCUAGAACAGGAAAACUAAUUCCGGCGAAAAAAGUUUCAGACGAGCUGUGUCAGUGCCCGCAAAAAUGUGAUGACCGCGUGCCUUUGGAGAUAAGACAACGCCUAUUCUCCCAUUUCUAUGGUCUCGGCGAUACCGACCGUCAAAAUAAGUUCCUACGUCAGCACAUGGACGUGAGGGCGCGAAACCACGUUGUACCUGAAACGACAACCCCAAGCGGUCGGUCACCGCGUCGGAUAACAUGCAAGUACCUGUUGCCGUUGUUUCCUUCCGAGGACACCGUUGAAGUAUGUCAGAAGGCGUUUGUCAGCGCAUUCGUCAUAACAACGAAACGGGUCCGACUACAACGAGAAAAACUGAUCAGCAGCUUGGGCCUGAACAGUUACAGUCAUUCGCGAUCUUCCAAAUCGGCUUCGUCGCCAGAGAACCAAAGUACAUCAGAUUCGUCAUUUUCCACGUCCUACCAGGGGGAGAAUAUAAUAAACACUGAAAACGGCGGUACUAUAAUUAUUUCGUCUCAGGGCAUGGAUCCAAAUUCCAAGAAAGCAAUGGAUAAUCCAUUGAUUCCUUUCGGACUGCUAUUACCGGAAGGGGUAACGAUAGUGCCCGUGAUUGGGCCGGACCACGACAGGGACAUUGCAAUAGUCAACAAUUUCUUUUCUAAUCAACUUUGGAAACCGGAAUAUAUCGGUACCUAUUCCUGAAGGGUGCUGGGCACCCGCUGGGUACUUACACUUAGGAUUAAAGUUAUUGAUUCAUUCUUUACAGAGGACCUUAAUAAUACGUAUUGUUAUUUAUAUUU